UCAAUUCACUGUUCUCUCAGGAAUGGACGUUGUUGUUAUCAAAUCCCCCGUUUGGGAACCGAAAACUGGGACCUCGGUACGUGCCAAGGGAAAUAUGUAGGGUGGGGACAAAUGACUUUGUUAUUUUUUUAAGAAAGCUUCUUUUGAAAGAAGUGCUGACUGAGCAAUGUUCGGGAAAGAAAAUUCGCGCUCAUACCAAGAGUUCAAUGAUGACAAAUAUAAUGAUGAUGAGGAUGGUAACGCAAAGUCCCAAGAUAUUUUCGACGGUUCCCCUGAAGACAUGGAGCCAGAGGAUCCAUAUGGCAGCAUUUCACAAGAGGAGGAAGACAGAAGCUUUAGUGCACAGAAGAAAUUCAGUAAAAACUGUGUGAAGAAUGUGUGCACUGUGGUGCUCAUCUCCAUCUACCUGCUACUGACUACAGUGGCAGCUUUCCUGGUCUACCAUACCAUCUCUGACUUCAUGGAGAAACUCAAUCACCCCGUCAUGUCUGUGACUUACAAAGAAGUUGAGUUAUUUUCACACCCAGGUAUUGCUCUGUAUCCUGGCAAUGCUCAGCUGUUGAGCUGCAAGCACCAUUAUCAUGACAACAUUCCACCUUUAGUGGACCCAGGAAAGCCUCAAAAAGGGGACUGCAUCAUUAACCAAGUCACUUACAUGGGUCCGUUCACAAACGAAUCACAGAAAAAAGCCUUGGUGGUCCGUGGCCCAUCUGAUGUCAGAAACAAGGAGUUAAUCUUCAUGCAGUUCAGCCAGAAUGAAACACAAGCAGAUUUCAGUGCCAUCACUUAUAUGCUUUUUGCCAAAUUUAGCGACUUCGCUGAAAGUGGUAAUCAGUCACAGUUCAUGAUGGAUUGUGAGAGGAAUUACUCCAUGUGGACUUUCUCUGGAGGAUUCAGAACCUGGGUCAAGAUGUCUUUAGUGAAGACAACUGGGACAACCAAUGACGGAAUUGAGUUUCGGCAAGAGUCCACUGUGGUGAAAUUCAAUGACAAAAGGCCUGAAGCACAGAAAAGCAAUGAACUUUUCUUUGCUGUCUUCGAAUGGCGGGAUCCUUUUAUGCAGGAAAUCAGACUGAUAGUGACUGCAAAUGCCUGGAAUUCCAUAGCCAUUCUCUGUGGAGUCUUCAUGGCGCUCUUCAAGGCUGCUAAUUUUGCCAAACUCACCAUCCAGUGGAUAAUCAGGAUGCGCAAGAGGCAUCUGAGAAAUAAAGCCAAGGAACUGAACCAGAUAAACUGAAACAUCCUGCAGACCACCACCAGAAUCUAACCAGCUUCAACUCAUCCACAUGAAUGAGUUACACUCAUCUUUUACACAAUCUUGUGUUUUAAAGACACUACUCCCAGCACUUUGCAAAUGGUGAAUGCUGACUUUUUCUUACUUUAACUCAGGGUUACUGAAUAUUGCACUUGUAUUGUGAUUUCUUAGCUGCUUUUGCAAGAAUUCACUCAUUCUUUUAUUAAUGUUUUCUGUCCUUUAUGCUGUUUUAUAUACACAUACACCAAACUGCUGAGAUUCACAAGUCCUGAAAUGCUUGUUAGUUCAUUUUAAAGUACAAUCUGACAGCUUUAGGUUAUUAAAUGACUGUUUUUAAAUUGUUUUAAUGAUUUGUUCCAUGAGGACCUGCUGUUUUA